UCAAAUCAGCGAAGAAUACGUGGACACAGGCGAUGGCGGAAAACCAGAGAGACGGAUAAAGGUUGAAACUGACGACCUGGGCUCGAUGAUAUGCCGGUCCUUGGUCAGGGGCGGCAAGGCUCUCGCAGCCAAGCUCAACUCUUGCAACUUGAAAAGAUCGAAAACAGGGGAGCAUCACAAGGGAUGGAGGGCGCGACUCAUGCCAUGGAGAAGAUCCAAAACGGCCGGAAACUCCAGGGAGAAGGACAUGAGCAAGACCACCUCGACCAGCCCAGACCAGAGCAACACCACCACAAACAUAAUCGAUCAUGUCUACCCCCCCUGGGCGCCUCAGAACUUAGCUGCUGAUACCCGCACGAUAGACGUCAGGCAGCGGCGAAGAUUGUCAGAAAUACAACAACAAGCAGAGGAGGUGGAGGAGGAUAUGGAGCCUCUCCUCGGCCACCGACACCAACACCACCGCACAACCGACACCAUCAGCACCACCGUUAACAGCAACAGCAAUGAUACCACCAAAACCACCCGUGCUCAGAAGUACAGCUCCAACAACAGCCACAAGAAGCGCCAUCAACCUCGCGAGGCCUGGUGGCUGGAUUACCAGAACCAUGACCAGGACCAGGACAAGGACAAGGCCGAAAACGAAGACAACAAUAUCGAUGACGACGGGGACGAGGCAACAAUGCUGCACGAUGGUGCAGGCGCGGGGUCGUCAUCAGGCCCAGGGCGAAGGCGUAGGUGGUCUUGUCCUCUUGGACCGGAGUAUUUUCAGGUCAUUUGCUGAACUACAGCAACGGUCCGCGGGUCCGGGCUACCAUCUCUGCUCCUAUUGUUGACUUGGGAAGUUUCUCUUAUGACUUAUGGGGCAGGGCAUAUCGUGAUGCAGAUGGGUAGCAGAUCUCCCUUGAUAAUAUGACUUGGGGGUUGGGAAGGGAGGGACAGUUACUUAUCCGUGGUAGGUAACCGGAACCUAGCGUUGCAGGGAGCGAGCGUUGAUGGUUGGCUUGAUGAUCUGCAAGUUUAGCGGCGAGGCUGGCGAGGGAUGUGGUUUGGAUGAUGGGGGGUUGGUUCUAUGUGUGGUCCUGUACCCAAGUUUUGAAGUGAUGGGACAUGCUAAGUUGAAAGGCGAAAGACGGGUGAGCCACAGAUUGGAUAGACACCCGGGCAUGGAAGGACACCAGCC